AUGACAUUCCCGCGACCUGCCAACGCUGUGCCGUACCGGCCAGACAGCGCCCCCAAUUCUCCAAGCCUCCUAUCGAUUCUAGCACUACCAGCUUCCAAAACCAUGUUCGCACUAGGAAAGAAGCGUCAUCACUCUCAGGGCCAUAUACCAGAUGGACGGGGUUCUCCACUUGUUAGGUAUGGCUACUCUUGUAUUUCUGGACUGGAAAGUAACGAAAGGUGUUGGCUUUCAAACAGGUAUAAACCCUCUGAUCCCGCCUUCUCUCCAAUACCCUCCAGUCUAAUGUCGUCGGCAUGUGAUGAAGAUUUCAAUUUUUCAUUUAUGAGUUACGAUUCGGAGGUUGGCACAUCGCGCAGUAAACCGCCACCACCGGCACCAUCAGCAUCUAGUUCCUACUAUCUUAGCCCGCUUCGGAAGGCAAUGAAGAUGAGCGGCGUAUUGGAACAACCUCUCUCCGAAGUAGAAUCGGACGAUGAUGUCGCUUAUUCUGUACUCGACUUCACCAGACGAGAUGUCCGCCCUCUUAGUACGGACUCCUCGCCAUCGCAAUCCAGCGAAAUGUCAGGAUUGACGAAGCUUCUCAACGCACCUGCACCUCCUAUAACAAAUCCGUAUUCGGAAAAUGUGCGCUUGACAAUGUUGAAAUCCAGUCAGGGGGAUGAUCGGCUGAAGAUAACGGUUUUUUUCCCUCAUGCAGAGUCCCCUGCGGGGAAAUCGAUGGUGUUGGACCUACAUGAGGAGGCGAGCAUAGAGGAGCUGAUCGGGAUGGGUUUAUGGACAUAUUGGGAGAAUGGAUGGAUUCCCCAACUUUCUAUAAAUCAUACAGACUCGUACACGCCCAAGCACUCCCGGAAGAGCGUCGCGUCUGGUUGGAAGGUAUUUCCUGUGAGAUACGGAUUUGUUGACCAAGGACACGGAGCUUAUGGCUCCUCGGACAAGGUUCGGCUACUAGAUGGUGUUGUAGAGUUUGCUGUGAUGAAAGCCAGUGAAGAUGACUACCGGAGGGUCAAGUCGCCACUGGGUCACCGGAAAUCCUAUUCUAUGCCCUCCCAUAGGAUGAGCCUAUUGCUGGUGCGCUCGCGAAAAAGAGACAACCCCUUAAGCUCCUUAAAGUCCGUUCUCAUCAGAACUGAGUCGGGGGGCUCGCCUGACGUCGUUGAAGCUCCUGUGUAA